AUGUCAACAUUUGCCAACAUUUUGGCUCUGAAGUGGUGCGGGCUCGGCGUCCGUGCCUGUGCAGACGGUGUCUCAGCCAUGUCCAGCGUUGAUGCUGCGGCGCGGAACUUGGAAGAAGUUCUUCGUUUGCAUUUUGGAGGCAAUGAAGCGCUCGGCUUGCCGAGCUCAGUGCCAGUAGCUCCAGCUUUGCGGUGCACCAUCCUUUUGACGAGUUUGUUCUUCUCGGUGUUCUUGGCGGUGAUCUCCCUUCGGAUGAGCCGCGUGUUCUUGGGCCCUGACAGGGGUCAUUCGCUGGAAGCACGGUUGGCAAAGGCAACGGAAGCGCUGUCCGUGGUGCCGGUGGUUGCUAUUUUGAUGAUCGGAACUCGGCUUCGCGCGAUCCAGUUGGAGGGGGGCCUGGGUGCUCCCCCUUUGUGGGCCCAGCUGUGCAUGUAUGGUGCCACCCUCGCAUGUUUCUUCCGUUUCCUCACCGCCGUGUGCUCCUUCCGCAGCGAGUCGGAGGAGGCCUUGGCGACCGCCCAGGGCAUUCGCUCCACGGCCACGGCCAUGCUCUUCGUCUGCUGUGCAGCCAUUGCGGUGAGCACAUUGGUGAUGGAGGCCAAGAGUGGUGACAACGAACCUUUGGGUACCAUGAUGCAGUGUAUGCUGGCGCUGACCGUGGCCUACUUCACCGAGACCGGGGUCCGCGAAGUCUUCGCAAAGGUGCAGAAGCCAGAGGACCCAGCGCCGUCCUAUGGAUCCUUUUCUCCCACCUCACAGGAAGAGGAUUUGUUGGCCCUCCCAGCACGAGUCUCUUUGCAGUUCCCACCGAUGCUGUGCGUGCUUUUUGUGGCCAUCGCCCUUCGUGCUGUCCAGUUGCACUUGGAGCCCAGGUUUUGGGCUGUUUGCGCGACCUACUUGACUACCCUGGCCACCGUUUUGCAGCAACUGCGCUCAACUAUGCUCUUCAUGAAGGAGGGCAAGGGUUCGCUGCUGGGCGACGAAGCUGCUGGGCCGGCCUUUUGCCCUACUGACUCGGACCAAAAGUCGAAGAUCUUCUGGUCGGUGACCACCUGCUGCAUUUAUGCCGGCACCACCUUGAUCCUGCUCAGCGUGGCCAGCAUGGAGUCCAAGGCCUCCGCUGCAGCCUCGGCCCCAGCGCCCCUCUCGACGGCCAUGUGCUGCGUGAUGGCCCUGACAGUGGUCUACUUCCUCACUUACCUCUUGGUGAUGGCCGGUAGCCUUUUGCGUCAAUUCUUUGGCACUUGGGCGCAGUCCACAGCCACUGGAGUGCAACGCGCACUGGCGUUUGCUCCCAUGCUUUGUGUGAUGAUGAUUGGCGUGCGCCUGCGAGCCAUGCAAAUCGGAGUGCGCGAUCCGCCGUACUGGGCGCAAGUGUGCAUGGUGGUGGCGACCGGUGCUGUGAUCACGCAAGUGAGCUGCACCAUUCUCACGGAGAGCGAGUCGGGUGCCGGCAUGGUCGACAAGGAUGCUGCCACGAAGUUGAUGCUGCUUCUACUGCUGGGAUUGCGAUAUGCCGCCUCAGCUGUUCUCUUCGUCAGCGUCGCUUCGCUGAUGAUCUCCUUGGUGUCUCGGACGAGUGGUUUGGGCGUGCCUCAGGAUGACUGUGGAGGGUCGGGUCACCUCGAGUGUCACCUCUCUCUCCUGGCCACGCUGCUGGAACACGGCAAGGUGGUGGUGUCCCGUCGUUUCUCCGUGCCGCUCUCGCGACAAGUGGUGCCGGUGAAGGUGAACGGGCAAACGGUCUCGCAGAAGACCGCCUACUACGGAAGUCUUUUCGUCGGGCACCCGCGACCGCAGAAUUUCACCGUGGUCUUCGAUACAGGUUCCGGCCAUCUCUUUCUUCCGGACAAGUCCUGCGAGGAUCGCGUGUGCCCCACCCACACCCGCUAUGACCGUCAGCAGUCGGCCUCUGCGGUGGAGAUCAAUGGCGAUGGGAGCCCCACCAAGCAGGAGCAUGAUCUGGUCUCUAUCUCCUAUGGCAUCGGGGAAGUGGUGGGCGACUUCGUCCGGGACGUGGUUUGCAUUGGUGAGGUCAGUGAGCCUCAUUGUGCUUCAGCCCGCGUGGUUCUGGCGCAGCGGAUGACGCCAGAGCCCUUUCAGCAGUUCGACUUCGACGGCGUCUUGGGGCUGGGCCUCCAGGGCUUGGCCUUGAACCCGGAGUUCCACUUCUUCAGUCAGCUGGCCAGCAGCAUCGAACCCAGCUUCGGCGUCUUUCUGGCGCGUCCAGGGUCGUCGGGCAGUUCGGUGACCUUCGGCGGUCAUGAUGCGCAGCGGAUGCAGAGGCCCUUGGCGUGGGUCCCGGUCUCCUUGAAGGAGCAGGGCUACUGGGCCGUUCGCGUAACAGCCGUGCGUGCGGGAGGGAAGAUGCUGCCCCUAUGCGAGGAUGGCACCUGCCAUGCCAUUGUGGACACUGGGACCUCGCUCUUGGGUGUCCCUCGGCAGGCGAUGGCCUCGCUCUUGGCCGCGACGGCGCAGAAGGUGGAGGCCAUGGAGGAUUGUGGCUCCUUGGUGGGUCCCGCCUUGACCUUUGAGCUGGAGAGCGGUGCCAGCGUCACCCUGGAGUCGCAGGACUACUGGAGACCAGCACCGCCAGGGGGCCCGAGCAUCCAGGAGGCCAAGAAGGAGCCCCAGGCGCAGGAGUCCGAGAAGGUGGAGACCGCCGAGGGCUCCGAGGAGAUCUCCAUGGGCGUGGUGGACGGCAUCCCCCGCAGCAGCGGCGAAGCCACCUACCGCGCCGAGGUGAACGUGCCCCGCGAGAACGGAGGUGCUGGACCCUUGGGGAAGCGAGGUCUCACAGCGGUCCGUGGGCCGAACCGGAUCGAUCGACAGAAAGCGCAGGAAGACGUGAGGACUUUAGUGGAUCCUCGGCCGUAG